AUGCACACGGUUGACAAUCAUCUGGACCCCCUGCCUAAAAAGGUGGGAAGCAGCUUAACAGACAGGAAUAUCACCCAGAGCACCCUGUUCCAGAAAACAGAGGCCUACUUCAAAAACCUCAUUGAGCCGGGCUUUGGGAAAAUUACCCUGGCAUCAGACCCGGUCUCAUCACCGGAUGGGAAGCUGAUUGCCUUUGUCGGCAAAACAUGGCGCAAACUGGAAGGUCAGCCCGAGUCCCGCAUUUGCUUGAUCGAGGCGAUUGCCGGGGCUGUGUUGCGCAUAGUCGGCGAGGACUCACAGCCCGCACCUUACCAAGAUAUACAACCCCAAUUCUCCCCCGAUGGGACACAAAUUUCCUUCCUGUCUAACCGGGGGGGAAAGGGUGGAUACCGAUGUUAUUUGCUUCGCGGAAGAAAUUUUGGAGAACUAGUUGAGGUAUCUGGUAUUGAAACCGUCUCUGUCGAGUAUGCAAGAUGGCAUUCAGACAGUGCAAAGUUGCUCCUUGGGAUCGCUGGACCCAGAGGGAGUGACGAAGAUAUCCCUUCCUGGGCACCAGAGAUUCAGGCAGACAGCUGUGAUGGAACUUUGCGUUCGCUGGUGGUAUAUGACAGUGUGAAAGAACAGAAGCUUCAUGCCAUCCAGUUUCCCCAAGCUAGCGUGUGGGAAGCUGGAUGGUACGGACCGAGCCAUGCUGUUGCUGUUAUGUCAGAUGGGUUUAGUGAAUCAGCGUGGUAUUCCUGCCGUGUCUCUGUGCUCGACUUGUUUCGAGGGACUGAACGUAUUAUAUAUACUCCGCCGCCACCAUGCCAAGUGGGAAGCGUCGUUUCGUCAAAGUCUGGAAAAUACGCUGCUUUUACCCAGGCUUUAAGCAAUACCCGAGGAAAGGUUGUAGGAAUUGUGAUGAUUGUGGAUGUUGACAGUUCCGAAGCAUGGCAAUUGGACGUGGGGGGUGUGGAUGUCACCGAUGUGUCUUGGCUGGACGAAUCUAGACUUUUCUACACCGGAUUGAAAGGCCUUAAUAUAGUCGUUGGGGAAGUCGACGUGGUUACAAAAUCAACUACUGAGCUGUGGACGUCAGAAUCAGCAAGCUACGGCGCGGCGCCUAUAGCUAGCGGCAGUUUUGCCAUCAUUACAGGAAGCUGGAUGCAAUACCCGCAAAUUUCUCUAGUAGACAAUCGAACGGAAACAGUAAUCCACUCUUUUGUGGAUUUAGGAAAGAUCUGGCUCAAAUCUCACUUCGGCGAAGGCAGACCAUUGACUUGGCGAACCCUAGAUGGGGUAGAAAUCCAAGGGUUUCUCCGCCUCCCGACGUUAGGUAGAGCCCCCUAUCCACUAAUCAUGCAUUGUCACGGCGGACCUAUCUCCUGUUUCAAGAAUGAAUGGCCGGACAUUGAUAUUAGCGCUUUCCUCACAGCAAAUGGGUAUGCCGUAUUCUGCCCAAAUCCCCGUGGUUCGACAGGGCGUGGGCAAGAUUUCGUCCGCCAGAUAUACGGCAACAUGGGCGGAGUGGACUGCCAAGACCUGUUGAGCGGGAUCGAGCAUCUAGUCGAGACCGGGUUGGCAGCCAGGUCGCAGAUUGGCGUAACAGGCGGGAGUUACGGGGGGUUCAUGACGAACUGGAUAGUGACACAAACAGAUUUGUUCGCAGCAGGAGUCGCUGUCGCACCUAUUUCAGAUUGGGUGUCCCUACACGGCACUUCAAACAUUCCGAGAUGUGACCGCAUAUUGCUCAACGCUGAUCCGUACUGCGUGGGCGGGGAGUAUCAAAAGAGGAGCCCGCUGAUGUUUGCGGGGAGGUACCGGACGCCUGUGCUACAAAUUGCAGGAAAAGAUGAUCCUUGCACUCCGCCCACACAAGCUAUGAUGUAUCACCGGGCAUUGGUGGAAAAGGGGGUGGAGUCAGCCUGCGCACUGUAUCCUACUGAAGGCCAUCGCGUCCGCAAGUUCCCGGCAUACAUUGAUUAUUGUGCGAGAUUGCUGGGCUGGUUUGAGCAGCAUAUGCCUGUGAAAAUGUAA